AUGAUAUUUAGAAGGACCUAUCUCUCAAAGCUCGGGUUGGAAGAAGUCCAAAAUGGUGAUGGUGAGCUGGUGAAGGAACUGCUGGAGAUGAUGCAACAGACGAUGGCAGAUUUUACUUGCACUUUCAGACAGUUGGCUGAGAUAGAUAAUAAUGAGUUGUUAAACAGAGAUGUGUUGGAAACGAAAUGGUCUCUAGCUAAAGUUAGCAAUGCGAAAGGCUGGGAGAAAUGGAUUGAAAAAUAUUUGCAAAGACUACAAGAUGAAAAUGUGAGUGAAGAAGACCGGCGCAGGCGCAUGCUAAAAGCGAACCCGCUAUACGUGCCGAGGAACUGGUUGCUGCAAGAUGCCAUCGCUGAUGCUGAAAACAACGAUUUCCAUAAGGUCCGGCUGCUGUUUGACGUUUUCAGAAAACCAUACGAGAUGAAUGAAGAAGCGGAGAACUUGGGAUACUCCUCACAGCCACCGAGCUGGUCUUACAGUUUAAAAUUAAGUUGUUCUAGU